ACCGUAGAAACUUCAGACGCUCCCUGGAGACUAGACAGCUGUGAGGACACACGGGGCUAAUCUGCAGGGAGACGGCCAUGCCCAUGAGUGUAUGAGCAGGGAUUAACUCAUACAUCUGGUCAGCAGAGGGGAGGAGGACAAUGCCUAAAGGACGGCUGUGCAAUCCUCCAACUGAAAAGGAGGGGAUCUGGUUCCCCCACAUUGAUGUCAAUAAUAAACUGCCGAUGAGCAGCACCGAGGAGACGCUUCACCGGGCGAGAACAGCUCCAUGGAGAGAGGCCAGACUGCCCCAUCUGUGCAGCACCCGUGACAGGAAUGAACUGCAGAAUGGCUUCCCUUUCUCUGCACAUGACAACAGGAACCUGACCCAGGGGGCCGGAGAAUACCUGGAUUCUGGUCUUGGACGAAAAAAAACUCCAGUUGAAAGACGACAGCACAGUUCUCGAAACUUUAACCUUUCAUGCCACGACCAACCGCCUCGAGUGACAAGUUACUGGGACGGUUUUACAAAUCAUCAAACUUCUUACAGAGGAGGGCAAGACACAGAGAGGCCGUUCUGUAGAAGAUAUCCCAAACACCACCAUGAGAGGUCCGCUUACAUGAGGGACGUCCCCGAGAACCGUUUUAUGUGGUUUGCAGAUUACUGCAGUGUUUAGUGAUGAGGCCUAAAAGGAGAUCAAGGAUGUGAUAUACAAUACAACCGCUAUAGGAUAUAGAUAUCAUUACUGGGAAAUAAACUAUA